UGCUUUUCCAAUUCUCGGCCAUCUGCCUUCCUAGCGAUUGCUCUCCUGUGCCGUGGACCGUGGUUACUGACCUUGGAUUUGCGCUUCCGCUUGCAGGAAUUAUGGCGCCUCGCGUAGCGGUCUGGAAGUAUAAAGUUGGAUUUCGACAGUUGAAUUACCUUUUUCCCUACCACUUUUUGAACAGUGGUUUUUCGGCUUAAUUUUCGGUGCGUCACGUGCGUCUGGCGUUUCUGCUCCGCUUCGUCUGUCGUUUCCCACAAGUAUCUUAUGCCUCAAAAUCUCCUUUCUUUUGCCAUCGGACAGCCAAUUAAGCUUCAACAGUCAUAAUUGCUAGGACGGUUUUGUUUGUCUUCACGCUGAAUAGUAAUAGUCGCGUGACAAAUUGGAUCAGGGCCAAUCCAAAUCGCGGAAAAGUUUGGAGGAGUCUUUUGACGUCCGGGAACCGCGAUUUAAUCGCAACUUGCGACGGAAUAUCCUCCCGAGCCACGAUAGAGGUAUCUUGGAAAUAACGCGAGUGUCUUAGUCUCCUGUAGAAGAAACUGGACAAAAGUGGACCUCGGGUUUUAAUGUCCGGUGAGUCGAUCGACGCUCCGACGAUGGAGACGCAAUUGGAGUCGUUAAGUACGCUGUGCAAGAAGCUUCUAGACGCGACGAAGCUAGCGCACUCGAACGCCAAGGUGCUCAUGAAGCACGCCGACACCAUGUACCUGCGCGUCGAGAUGGCGAAACGAUCCGCGGGCCAAGCGGAUCCAGACUUCGACGAGAGCCUCAGCCGUGACGUGGCAGAAGCACAAGAUCUUGUCCAAUCAGCAAUGGAGGCCCUCGGAAGCUGCCAAGCGCUCCUCGGCCCGCCGAACCCGGACUCGGAAUCUCCUCCUGCUGACGUGGCAUCGCCUCCGGGCUCGCACUCCGGUCAGGAGCAACACGUGGACCACCAGGACAACUCGUACGACCCGCAGCAGAAUAAUCAUCAGCAUCAGAGCCAUCAGCAGCAGCAGCAGCAGCAGCAGCAGCAGCACGGAGAUAGCAGCCCUCGUCAGAAUGGCGACGACAUAUCUCUCACCGCUGCCGACCAUCACGGGCAACCCUCCGCCAUUCCCACCUCGCCCGCCCUUUCCGCCGUCCCUUCCGCUGCUGCGCCCAACGCCGCUCCUCCCGCUCCUCCCACCGCCGCGGGUAACGGGGGCGGAGCCGACGCGGCAGCCUCCGCCAAUGCCGCCGCCGCUGCAGCUUCCGCCGCGUUCCGCGCAGCAGUGGCCGCGGGAGCGUCGGGGCGACCCACGCCCGAGGAAAUGGGUCUGCACCUGCGGAUGCUGGGCGAAAUGAACCUGGGGUCGGACCGGAGCAUGGGGGACGUCGUUGCUUCCGUGCUGCAGCAACUGAACCACGGAAUGAACCCCGGAAUGAACCACCCCGGGAUGAACCCCCACGGAAUGAUGCCCUUCCCGCCCGGAAUGUUCCCCCUACCGCCCCCCGGGGUCCUUCCCCCGCCCGGCGUCUUCCGCCCUCCUGGCUCCGCGCACCCGCCGUUUCCCCCGCCCGGAUCUGCUCCCGGUGCAAGUUCGGACGCGGAUGGUAUGAGCAGCUCCGGUGGUGGAGGCUCGGCGGCGGCAGGCGGAGCGGAAGGGCGGAACUUCGGCCCCCCGGUUCCCCCUCCUAUGUGGAUGUCCCCCCACGGGCUCGCGUUCUGGCCGCGCCAGGGCAGUAGUAACAGCAGCAUGCACCCUUCCCCGGGCAUGGGGGGAAGCAUGGGCGGAAGGGGAAGCAUUGGCGGAAUGGGGUCCCCCGCGCCCCCUGCCCCUGCGCCCAUGUCCGCGGAAGGCAAGGAGGGGGGGCGUGGGGGAGCGAGCGCGUGGAUUCCUGCGGGAGGGGGGGGGACGGCGGGAGGUGCGGGGCAGCAACAUGCCGCGGGGUUUGAAGCGAAUCAGAAAUCGCUGUUGGGUUCUGAGGCGGGGGCGCACAAACCACCUUUUGGAGUCGAGGCGGGGUGUCAGAAGGCGCAUCCCCCGCAUCCCCCCUCUGAGGCGGCGCAAAAAGCGCAUCCCCAGAACCCACUGCAGCGGAAAGGAGGUGGGGGGAACCAGCAGGGCGCGGAAGGGCGGGGGUUCCAGGGGUGGAGCGGGGCCGGAGGGGGCGGGGGCGGGGGGAAGGAUGUGGGGAAGGGCGCGGGUGAGCGGGGAGAUGCGGAGGGGGCAAAAGCAGGCGCAGGGGGUGGGAAUGGUGGGGGGACGAAGAGGAGUGCUGCUGCGGCUGCUGCUGCCAAUGGCGGUGGGGGGGAAGGCGCAGAGGACGAGGGUGAGGAAGGGGCCGUGCUGCAUAAAAGGCCGCGCAUGCCGUCCUCCAAGCCGAAUGCGCCAGAGAUGCCUUUGGACGGGUGGGAGUGGCGCAAGUACGGGCAGAAGGUCACUCUCGGCCAGACCUACCCCAGGAGUUACUUCCGCUGUGCGCACAAAACUACUGGGGCGCAGGUGUGCCCCGCCAAGAAAUGGGCGGAGCGCUGCAACGACAACCCGGCCAACUGGCGCAUCAAGUACGUGGGCGAGCACAACCAUUCCAAGCCGCCGCCCCGCCCCGUCACCAUCACCAUCAUUCACGACGGGCCCGUCGACGCCGCUGCCACCCUCCCUGCUCCCGCUGCUGCUGCUGCCCUCGCUGCUGCUGCUGGCAGUGGUGCUGGUGGUGUUAUCGGGGCUCCUGGUGCUGCUGGUGCUGGUGGUGGUGGUGGUGGUGCUGCUGCUGGUGCGCUUGCUGCUGCUGCGCCCUCUCCGCUAUCUUUCCUUGCUCCGGCUGCAGCUCCUGCCCCUGCGCUUCCUGCACCCCCAUCUGCUGCUGCUCCUGCUGCCACUGUUGGCACCAGUGGCACAAGUGGUGGGCCCAGUGCUGGAGCAGCAGUGGUAGUAGCACCUUCCAAUACAGUCAACCUUCUCCCUGCACGUCCUGCUGCUGCCGCUGCUGCUGCUGCAGGUUCAGCUGUGAGUGUUGGCGGUGUUGGUGCCCCUGCUACUGCUGCAGCUGCUGCUCCUGGGGAGGUGGAAGCUAGUGCCAGCCACAGCCACGAGCCCAUAGACGAGGAUUUCUCUGAGGGGUUCCCGUCUCCUGGCAGCGACAAGGGCGGAAUGGGUCACAGUGACGAGGCGGCAGGGAAGAGGGGAGCAGAGAAUGGGGGGGAGAGGCAGCAGGAGCACAAGCAAGAGCAGGGGAACAAGCAGCAAGGGGAGCAAGGCAGUCGCGAUUUUCUGUCGGGUUUUGGAAGGGGGGAGCAGGGGAAGGGUGCGGGCUGCGGUGAGAGAGAUGGGUGUGGAGGAGCGAAAGGAUUGACAGAGGAAAAGGAUGGUGGAACUGUCUGUGCUGCUGCUUCUGCUGCUGUUGCUGUUCCGGCUGCUGCCUCGACUGCCGCUGCGGCUGCUGCUUCGUCGGCUGCCUCUGCUUCUCACAUCCCCUUGCAGAACCAGCAAGCAAGGGUCGCAGAAAAGAACGAGCGGCACGAAGCACGCCCAGGGCUUGGUGUGUCUGCCAAUGGUUUGGCCGCAAACAAGCAGUUGCAGCAACAACAGGCAGCACAGCAGCAGGAGAAGCAGAAACUCUCGGAAGGAGAGGCGGAUGGCAGUGGUGGUGGUUGUGGUGCUAGUAUACCGGCAACAGACAGACGAGUUGCCGCAUGUGCUAACACUGAUCAGGCAAACAGCCAAGGCGGGUCCAAAGCAGCAAGCGAAGAGGAUAGAGCAGGAGGAGGUGCACCAGGGGGAGCCGCACAGGGGGGGGCUGCAGAACGAGCAGGCAUGAAACAGGAGCAAGAGGCUGUCACCCAAUGCGCAGGGCGAGAAGGUUCUGGGAAUCUGACCGGGAACGUGAACGGGAACGGGAACUGUGGGGAGGACGAGUCAGACAGCCAGCCGAGCAUCGAUAUCAAGCCGAGAGACGCCCAGUCCAAUCCCACCGCAUGGGCAUCCGUGGACGGUUCCUCUGGGGAUGGUGGCACAUCCGGGAGUUCCCAAAACCCUUUUUCGGGGUAUAACGGCGCGCUCCCCUCGGCGCUCAUGCAAGGGCCCCUCCCCACGCCCAUGUGGCUCCCCUCGCUCCCUCGGGAGUCGCCCCACAUCGUGAUUGGCCGGGGGAACGCCAGGUGGCCGAUGGCGCGGGACUCGCCAGCUCAGCUGCAGUCGCCAUUCAACAUGCUGUCGCCGCUCAACACUGCCCGGAUUUUUGAUGUGGCGCAGGCCCCCCUGCCUUCACCCCUUGACUUGCCAGAAAUCUAAGGAGAGUAGGAGGCUCAUCGCCGAAUGAGCCGGGUCAGCUGAAGUCGCCGUUCAACUUGCUGUCACCGCUCAACACUGCGCUGAUGUGGCGCAGCCCCCCGUGCCCUUCCCUUCGAAUUUCGAGGGGCGAUUGAGGCUCUCUCACCGCUCUCAACCAGGGCUGACGUUUCAAAAAAAGGCACUCUGAGCCAACCCCCCCAAAAAAAAAAAUAGUCUGAAGGGCCUUCAGCCGAAAUUUUUGUAGUCUGAAAUGUCAGGGUCCAAAACUCAGCGAGUCUGAUUUUUUCAGGGUCCAGGACGUACAACCAGAGUCACACACGGGAAACACCCCCACAGCGAGAAACAUCCCUCCCUCCUACACCUCCCAAAAAAUCGGCUAAAUCCCUUGCAGCAUUAAAAAUCCUCCUACAGCCCGCGCCCCCCCCAACCAGCGACCUU